AUGUACGUGAGUUACCUUUUGGAGAGGGACACCGGCAUGUACACUAAUCCUGUAAGACACCCUAAUCUUAAUUUAAACCAUCAGAACUUUUUCCCUUCGCCCUCAUAUUCGGAGUACGCUGCUGGUUAUCACCAUGUGUCCGCUCUCGGUAAUGACCACCAUCAUGGUGGUCAGACCGGGGGCGCGUGGAACCCCAGUUAUGCACCUUCACGCGAGGAAUGGUCUCUCUACGGACAUGGGAGCGGACACCCCACGCCCAACCCAGGGCCGAUAAACUCUGGCGAUGUUACCCUCAUUCCGGCAACUGAACAAGGGUUUGUUCCGUCGUCUAUCGGUUCUUCGGCCGCACAGCUGUCGCCAGACUCAGAGAGAGAUCCCUAUCAGUGGAUGAGACGCAGCGUUCCACCUGGAAACUCAGGAGGGAAGACUCGAACCAAAGACAAAUACCGAGUGGUCUACAGUGACCAUCAGCGCCUGGAGCUGGAAAAGGAGUUCCAUUACAGCCGAUACAUCACCAUCAGGAGGAAGGCAGAGUUGGCUGUGGCCCUCAACCUAUCAGAACGACAGGUGAAGAUCUGGUUUCAGAACAGACGUGCUAAAGAGAGGAAGAUUAACAAGAAGAAGAUGCAGCAGUCCCAGCAGGCUUCAACAACCACACCAACCCCACCCACUGUUGGUGGUCAUGGCAACCUAUCAGUAGUUACCAGCGCUAGCAGCAGCUUGUUGACGGACACACUAUCGACAACUAUUAAAGAGGAAUACUAA